UUUAGUGUAUGACAAACUCAAGACGGCAUAAUUCUAUAUCUUAUACUUUCCAUUUUUCAGAUUACGACAGUGAAUAAGCCAAGUGGAUGUACCCUACACAAUCCCUGUGUUGGUUGGGUCGUGUUCAGGUCGGACAUUAAGUAAGGAUGACAUCAAUAAUAGACUACACUUUCGGAGGAUGAACGAGCAACAGGUGGAAGACAUCACUAUGGACUUAUUCUACAAGCCUCACACUAUCACACUCUUGACUUUCACAGUGGUCAGUUUAAUGUACUUCGCGUUCACCAGGGAUGAUGCGGAUGCAGACAGUAAUCUACGGGUGGGACUUGUCCUGGUUGUCGCUUUCUUCUUGGUCAUCAGUGUUCUGGCCUUUCCCAAUGGUCCGUUUACUAGACCACAUCCUGCAAUAUGGCGCAUGGUGUUUGGUCUGAGUGUCCUGUACUUCCUGUUCCUGGUGUUCCUCAUCUUCCUGAACUGGGACCAGGUGAAGGUGUUCAUGUAUUGGCUGGACCCCAGCCUACGCUACGCCACAAGAGAGGCAGAUAUCAUGGAAUAUGCGGUGAACUGCCACAUGAUCACCUGGGAGAGGAUCGUCAGCCACUUUGACAUCUUUGCGUUUGGUCAUUUUGCGGGCUGGGCCAUGAAGGCUCUCCUGAUCCGCAGUUACGGGCUCUGCUGGACCAUCAGCAUCACCUGGGAGCUCACAGAGCUGUUCUUCAUGCACCUGCUGCCUAAUUUUGCGGAGUGCUGGUGGGACCAGUUGAUCUUGGACAUCCUGCUGUGUAACGGAGGAGGUAUCUGGCUGGGCAUGACUGCCUGUCGCUUCCUGGAGAUAAGAACCUACCGCUGGGCCAGCAUCAAGGACAUUCAUACAACCACUGGGAAGUUGAAGCGGGCGGUGUUGCAGUUCACCCCUGCCAGCUGGACAUACGUACGCUGGUUUGACCCCAAGUCCUCCUUCCAGAGAGUGGCCGGCAUCUACCUCUUCAUGAUCCUCUGGCAGCUGACAGAGCUGAACACCUUCUUCCUGAAGCACAUCUUCGUUUUCCAGGUGGCUCACUUUCUGAGCUGGUGCAGGAUCCUCCUGUUGGGAGCCAUCACAGCCCCCACAGUCAGGCAGUACUACGUGUAUCUGACGGACACCCAAUGCAAGCGGGUGGGAACACAGUGCUGGGUGUUUGGAGCCAUAGCGUUCCUGGAAGCUGUUGCCUGUGUAAAGUUUGGACAGGAUCUGUUUUCCAAAACACAAGUGCGCUCUGUUGUCCUGUGGCUACUGUGUGUGGCCCUCAUCACCCUGCUCUGUCUGAAUGGAAUGAUGCGCUAUGAGCUCAAGUGUUGGUCAAAGUCAAAGAGAGGCUCUGAGGGUGAGGACGGCAGCAUAGACGUGUGCGAUCACACCUCAGGACGCUCCGCAGGCGAGGGAACUGGGAACAGAACCCAGAGGAGACGAGUUCCAGGGAAGAGCAGAGCAGAGCACCACAGUGAGAGCAGAAAGCAAUGAGACCGGGAAACGCAGGGAAGAAACGGCUCUGGAGUAAAUGAAGCAUGUUUAGUUCUGGGUUGUUGCACUUUGACACACUCGUUUUAGAGUAAUGAUUGACUAAAACAGGGUACAUGAAAAUUAAUUGGGUUUAAAUCUAGAUGGGAUCUUUUUAUGUGGUUGAAGAACCGGACAAAAUAAUUCACUGUUACACUCACAUGUUAUGGGUUGGGUACUUCCGUUCUAUGAAUGGCAUUUGGUAAGAUUUGACAGUUUGUAGUUAUUCAUUUUGACAGGUGUGUAGUCAUAAAAAUAUUUUUGGUCUGUUUUGCACAACAGGAUAAUCCCAAAUAUAAACACCAACUACCGCCUUAAUAUAAAUGUAUACUGUCAGUGUAUUAAUUAUGUGUUUGGUGUAUGUAGUAUUUAUGAGUGACUUUAAUUAACCUGAUGUAUUUUGUAAGAGCUUUUACUUGACUAUUCCUGAAGAUAUUAUGCAAAUAUUAAACCCUCAUUUUCAUUAUUGUUUUAAUGUCCAACCAUGUGCUUCCUAAUGAGCCAGCAGUGACCAAUAAUAUUGUUAUUCUGGAGCAAACUGUGUUUAUAACCUUACUGACCUCUUUUUGGUAAAACAAAUAUAUAUAUUAAUAAAAAGGUAAUGAGCUUCAACUUUGUUGGUCCCUGAAUUUACAAUACAUGUGAAUGAGCCUCAACGUUAUUUAUACACAAAAUAUGCACUUUGU